AUGUCCCGAGAAACUUACCUUGGAGAUUCUGCGUCACUAGUCCGCUCUCCUCCUCCUCCUUCCAUCUCAUCACCUGAAUUGACUGUGCAACUGGACAUGAAGCUCUUGUUAGUUUUCUGUUCAAAAUCUGACCAGGUACAGGUCACCCCCAGCCCCAGUCCUCCGGCCAAAUUCCUCUUACCAGAGAUGAGAGUAUCUGAUGUUGGAAAGAAAUGUGUAGUCAUCGACUUAGAUGAAACCUUAGUACAUAGUUCCUUUAAGCCUAUUAACAAUGCUGAUUUCAUUGUUCCUGUUGAGAUAGAUGGGACUGUUCACCAGGUUUAUGUAUUGAAAAGGCCGCACGUCGAUCUGUUUUUGCAAAAAAUGGGGCAACUCUUUGAAUGUGUUCUUUUUACAGCCAGUCUAGCCAAGUAUGCAGAUCCAGUGGCAGACUUGCUGGAUCGCUGGGGAGUAUUCAGGGCCAGGCUCUUCAGAGAAUCAUGCGUUUUCCACCGAGGAAACUACGUGAAAGAUCUCAGUCGGUUAGGAAGGGACUUGAGCAAAGUCAUUAUAGUGGAUAACUCGCCUGCAUCCUACAUCUUCCAUCCUGAAAAUGCAGUGCCUGUGCAGUCCUGGUUUGAUGACAUGUCGGACACGGAGUUGUUUGAUCUGAUUCCAUUCUUUGAAGGACUGAGUAAAGAAGAGGAUAUUUACAGUAUGCUGCAGAACCUCCGCGGCAGGAGGAAAUCAAGUAGUGAGUGGGAAUUGGAGGAAGAGUGAGGCAAUGUGAUUAUGGAUGAGACCAAAGAAGUGACUAGCUAGGUCGCAGGGUUGCCAACGCUCCAGGAUUGCCCUGGAGUCUCCAGGAUUUGAAGACUGACCUUCAGGACACUGCGAGCAAAAACCAGAAGACAAAUCAUAGGGACAUUUUACAAAAGUAUUUUUAAAUAAAAACAAUCUUUAAACUC